AGUAAUUGUAACGGCAACUGAGUCAAAGCGAUAAUUUGUACGGAUAAAUUCAAUGACACGUUCGCUAGAAAUUGCAACUAGCAAUUGGAUCAAUUUUCCCUUACAAAUCGUUAGCCAUAAUCUUCAUCGAGUGGCUUAAGAAAUUGGGAAAUUCCGAUAAAUAUUAUCAGCAAGUAUGAUUUCCGAGUACAAUUCACAACAAAGCAUAAUCAUCAUUUUAUUUGCGAUAGUGAAUCUAAACAUAUCUCAUGAGUUGGCAAAAUGAGCACCAAUUCAGCAAAACAAAAGUCUAUUCUUAGUUCUGAAAUCGGUUUUUGUUUAAACUCUGAAUUAAAUUGGCGUAUAAUUAUGAAUGAUCCAAAAACGUAGGCUUAGAUGCAAUUUAUUUCGUUUUGUUUUGUGUACGGUUUCGUGCUGAUAAAGAGUGAUUUGCGUGGAAAAAUGAGUUCCAAUGAAACGAGCGUUUUUACAAUGUGUAACAUGUUGAAUCGUCACAAUACCAGUUUCGCUCCAUCUCAUUCGCUUGCAGCGUCGUCGCACUCUUUUUAUUUACAUAUCGAUUGCCCGUAUGAACCGAGAGCGCUGUGUGUUUACUCUUUGUAACACGGCUCUCUUAUCACAUUGCCGAUGUCAACGUUGAAUACAGUCAUCGUCAUUGUCGUCGUCAUCGCCAAUGGAAAAGAAGAUUCAUGUUUACUUAAUUUCAAUGCUUCGAUAAUCUUUGUGUAUAAAAAAGUCCCCGCCACACACAUGCUCAAAAAUCGUUCAUACAACAACACGCCAAUAGUUUCCAAUCAUAGAAUAUUUAAAUGUUUCUAUAGUUAUUAGCAUGAAGUGACACACAUAUACAGAUGCCCAAGUUUUUUUUUUCUUUCUUGGAAUGUAAUCGUAUGAACAUGAAAUCUAAUGACACUCUCUGUGUUACUAUCAAAACCAGUGGCACACGAAAUGGAAAUCCCAGUCGUUUAUAUGGUAGAUAUUUGCAUUUUUGAUUUGUUUGUGUUUCGGUCUUCAUUUAUUUAUUUUUUUCACAAAUGAUUUGGACUAAUAGAUUGACGUCGUUGAAAAGAAACGGCAACUAGUGAUGAUCGACAUUCGAAUACGUUUUACAUUCAUCGAUCUGGUGAAACGGAGCUGAUGGUUCAGCGCGCUAUUGUGAACGAAGAGAAACAAAAAAUUAUCCGCAAAAUUGUGACAAAGUGAAAUUCCAGCUUGAAUUAAACGCAAUGUCAUUUAGUUGUGUGUAGAUUUAUAACACAAAAACAUAAAUUAGAAUGCUGAGAUUUACAUGUGUAGUUUUAAUAAUAAGCAUCUUGGCCGUUGCUCAGUCCGCAAGAGUUUCAAGUCGAAAUCCAGUCACACAAACGACACAGAAUCGGAAUUCAGCCACGCAAACGACACAGAAUUGGAAUUUUCCUGCACAACAAUCGGAUGGCAGUUGGAAUUUCGGUGAACAGCGACCAGAUGAGAGUUUGAACUUCAGUGAGCAGCGACCAUAUCAGGGUCAGAGUUUCACUGAACAGGGCACAGUUCGAAAUCGAAACAAUAACGCAGGUGAACAACAACCGUAUCGGAGUCAAAGUUUCGUUGGACAGAGCGCAGAUCGAAAUCAAAACCACAAUACACCAAGAACGGACGAAAAACGAAGUUUUAUUGCAUUGCAGUCAGACCAGAGUCAAAGUUUUAACACACCGAGAACGGUAGAGAGCCAGAGACACAAUACGCAGAGACCCAGCCAGAGUCAAAGUUCCAACACACCGAGAACGGACCAGAGCGAGCGAUACAAUACGCAGAGACCCAGCCAGAGUCAAAGUUUCAACACACAAAUACCGAACGACAAUCGGAAUACACAGAGGCCGAAUGAUAAUCGAGGAUCAGUCGCACAAACGUCACAAUGUAACACAUUCGAAUGGCAAUGUGACAAUGGGCAAUGUAUUGAUUCAUCGGAAUCGUGCGACGGUGUACGGAAUUGCAGUGAUGGAAGUGAUGAAACCACGGAGAAUUGUAUAGCAUCAACAUGUCCGAGGAUUGCAUUUCGAUGCGCGUAUGGCGCCUGUGUAUCGGGGAAUGCCGAAUGUAAUCGCAAAAUCGAUUGCGUAGAUGGUUCCGAUGAAGCGUCAGAGAAGUGCCCAACCAAAAACGAGCAACAGCUACACGGCCAGUGUGGUCAGAAUAGUUUUCAGUGUGAUAAUGGUGAAUGUAUAAAUGUGGAUGCGAUGUGCGAUGGAAGCCCCGAUUGCAGUGAUUUAUCGGAUGAAACAGUGAGAUAUUGUUUUGGAACCCAUUGCCCGACAUUUGCAUUCCGUUGUGGAACUGGCGCUUGUAUUAGCGGCAAAAAGAAAUGCGAUUCCAGAAUUGAUUGUACCGAUGGAAGUGAUGAGAAUUGGGCUUUGUGUGGUAGAAGCAAGAAUCAUUCUUUAACAAAUCGGCCACCGGUGAUUCCGACGAAUCCAUCGCCAAUGAAUCCAUUUCAAACGGGUUCACCAGUUUCUCCAUUUCAAACGGGUUCACCAGUUUCUCCAUUUCAAACGGGUUCACCAGUUUCUCCAUUUCAAACGACCACAUCAUAUACAACACCAUCAAAUCUGGCCUCCUGUCGUGCGGAUAAUAUUCCAGUGAACGGAGAUGCGUAUUAUCAAUUCGAUCGAAAUAAGAAAGUGAUGUACGGUGAAAUUGUGGAAAAUUUCGUUAGUGUCAACUAUUCGUGCAUUGAAAAUCAUUAUUUGUUUGGAAACGGAACGAAUAUAUGUAUUGGUGGCCGUUGGCAAUCGCCAACACCGCAAUGCAAGCCAAGAUGUAGUGCUACCGAAAUUCAAGGCGUUACAAUAUCGGCGAAUUGCUUUUCGAUCAUCAAUAACACGCAAAAGUCGACAUCAUGUGUCCGACCGGUAGAGCCAGGUACAAUUGCUUACGUGAGCUGUCAGCAUGGUUAUGAAAAAACUGGGCCACAACAAACUCUCACGUGCCGUCAAGACGGACGAUGGAGUCCACAACCGCAAAAAUGCACGCAAAUUUGUGGAGAGAUCAAUGAGGGGUCCGCUUACGUCGUUGGUGGCGCCGCAACAAACAUUUCAAGAGUUCCGUGGCAUGUCGGCGUUUACCGAAAAAGAGACAACGAUGGAAAAUACCAACAGAUUUGCGGUGGAUCCAUUAUCACUUCCAAACUUAUCAUUUCAGCCAUGCAUUGUUUCUGGGAUGCAAGUGAAGAUAGCGCAUUUGCGCCGGAAGCCUUUCAAGUUGCUGUGGGCAAAACAUUCCGAGACUAUUCAGCUCACGAAGAAUACAAACCGCAAUUCUUUUCAAUUGAGCAAUUCCACUAUAUCUACGGCUAUAAUGAUUUAGCCAACUAUUAUGCUGAUGACAUCGCGUUAUUAGUACUUGACAAGCACAUUGAAUUCCAUUCAUUUAUUGCACCAAUUUGUUUACCACAAAAUCUGCAGUAUCAUGAGAAAAUCGUGCCAGUUGGUUGGAGAGGAAUCACAGCCGGAUGGGGACUUGAACAAUCAAAUGGCCAACCUAGUCCUGUUCUCAAGAAAAUCGAACUUCCAGUUGUCAGCCGAGAAGAAUGCAAAGAUAAAUCAUCAUCCGAAUUCGCCAAUUUUAUUACAUCCGACAAAUUUUGCGCUGGGUAUUUGACUGGCGCGAGCGUGUGUCAGGGUGACUCAGGUGGUGGUCUUGUAUUUCCGCAAACUGUUCGGCAGAAAACGACAUACAUCAUCCGUGGCAUUGUCAGUACGGGCGGCAAUAAGGCGGGCAGUUGUGAUAGUGACAAAUACACAACAUUCACGAACAUUGCAUUUCACAUGGACUUUUUGAACGCUCAUAUUUCCAAAUAUGAACCAAAGUACUAAUUUCUUAAAAUGUAUUUAAUUUGCAUACAAUUUUACCUAACGAUAUUUCGAAAUUGAAUAGAUUAAUUUAAAAGAAAUAAGAUCAUCACAAUACUCAGGCAAUGCGUGAAUCUUUUCUCUUGCAAGUAAAACGAAAGUCGACGCAUUUCGAUCAAAAGCAGCUAUCAGGUACAUUUCAAAUUGCAAUUAGAUUAAAACCUAUUUGUACUGAUCAAGUAGAGAGAGAGAGAGAGGGUGAGAUGAAACCGGUAGCAAGAAUGGAAAUUAGAUUUAAACAUCCCAAUCAAACAAUAAGUGUAAAUAUAAAUGUGAAUUUAGUUCGAAUUCGUAAUAAAGAAACGGCAAUUCCAGUCAGUGAAAAUAAAAACGAAAA